CCCCCGAAUAUACUGUAGGGAUCUGUGGGCGAUCGACUCUAGGAAGAGAUGGACCCAUCCACCACCUUCUGGAGGACUUAACCAUCCCCGGAUUUUCAAGAAGACCCGUCCGAGUUUCCAGGGGAUCCGAGGGUCAACCACCAUUGUCGCCUCGCCGCAACAAACCAAGUGUAGCAGGGCCCCUACUGGGCAGUCUGCACUAUAAAUCUUCACCAUCGUCGUCGUCAUUCAUCAUUCGUAAGCAGCCCGCUGUUGGUAGAAGGAAGCCAGAAUUAGAAGAACACCUCAAUAUGAAUGCGACGACUCUCGUAAAUACGACAGAGUACAUCAUCCAGAGAAAGCCUGUGUACAUAAACUACAGCAUCAUAGCUGUUCCUGUUCUCUUGUCUUUAGGAAUCAUAACUGGUAACGGUAUGGUUAUUGGUGCCUGUUGUCAUUUAUCCAAGAAAACCAGCCGCACUGUCAGCUUCAUUUUGGCAUUGUCCAUCGCAGACUUUGCUACUGGCGUUGGAAUGAUAAUAAACGUAUUCAUGAGAGUUCCCAAUCAUUUAUUGUCUCAGAAAUUUCCAUGCCUUCUGUCCUACGAAAUUUUCUCUACCAUGGCUUUGAUUUCCAUGAAUUUAUUGGCUUGCACGACAUUUGACAGAUUUCUCUCUAUUUACAAGCAUGAAAAACAAAAGGAAUGGAAUACACAGAAAUCGGUAAAUAUUCAAAUUUGUUGUUCUUAUUUUUGUGGAUUCGCCAUUGGUUUCUUGCCAUUUCUUGGACUAAACCGAUGGGAAAGUGGUAUGAAAUGUGCAUUCAAAGAUAUCUACCCUUCGGAACUAUAUUUUAUCAAGUCCUCCGCAAUGUUUGUUGGAUUUGGUGUCAGCUUUGUCCUCUACGUCUUCAUUUUACGAAAAGCAUGGCGGGUCCAUAAUGGCAGACAUAUUGAAGUAUUGCAUACUGCAGCUAUGAGACAGCGAAACAACUUCAUAUUGGCAAAACUGGUAGGGAUCAUUACCAUUUUGAAUAGCAUUUGCUGGAUGCCUUAUUCCUUCAUGAUCUUUUUGUGUGGGAUCACCAAUCAAGCAAUUGACGCAACGCACGUGGUGUUUGCGCUCUUGCUUCUAGGAUUUACCACCUCUUUCAUUAAUCCAGUAAUAUACGCUUUGAAUAGGAAAGAUUUCCGUGCAGUUUGGCGAAACUGGUGUCGCUGCUGCAGUCGUUGAUAAUUCUUACACUGUUAUGUCUGGCGUGAUAUUAAUUAGGAACGCUCCUAACACAUACAAUUAUGUAGAUCAUGUGUUUACUUUUAUGUACAUGUUUAAUUGUUUGAAUCACUAAGGUGAUUUUCCAUAAAGUACAUACAACCUCUCCCAUUUUCUGAUAUCCUUUGGUGCGCGGAAACAAACAAUAUAUAAUGGAAGACUUUGGUCAUCUUGGGACUAUAAGGAAGUGAAAACGUAUUAUCUAAGCACAUACUCGGAUACGAACCAAAUUCUCCCUGAGUGAUAUUGUAGUGGGUGUUACUAUAAUUAUCUGAAUUAAACACGUUUCCAGACAUGGUCAGUUUGGCGUGGUAUACAUUCUGAAUGUUGUCCGCGGUUUUGGUUUACAAAUGUAGGUAUGGACGCAGAGAUGUUUGCAGUUACCCAUGCCGAGUGUUCUUGGUUUAUGUCUUUCCGAGCUGAGUGUUCUUGGUUUAUGUCUUUCCGUGCUGAGUGUUCUUGAAAUGCAUGUGUGGUGUUUAGUGGUGUUGUGAGGC